AUGAGAGCACGUAGAAUGGUAAGCCGAAUUGCCAACCUUCUUACAUCAAUUCCUCCACGCCUUCUAAUCUCCCCUAAGCCCCCGCGAAAUGCAGUAUCCCAAGCUCGUCAGCAUGCUCCUCAUCAUCGUUCCCCUCGCCGGCCUGACCACGGCUGCCCCAGUCGCUGAUGCCAGUGCUGAGCCAAUAAACGGUGAGUUCACAACAGGGCCACUUGGAAUUUCACGAGAUGACAAGCUAACGGGGUUUACAAAAGCAAUACGUCGCGUGCCGUCCGCCGACGAUGUCGAUCUUAAGGCAAUCGGUGAUGUCUACAAGAUGUAAAUUGUGGACGGGUUCAUUGUUGGAGUGGUGGAGAAGGAGGUGAUGAAUUUUGUGUAUGGAAGGAAACCUUGAUGUUCGUUCUGUUAGAUGUCUAGUCUACAAACAAUUUGAGUCCCCUGUGACAAC